CUUCGACCAGUCGUGAAAGGUUUGAAAUUUGAAAAAUGCAAACCUAUAAUAACAGGGAAUAAUCACGAGUCAGGGACACAUAAUAAAUGGGUUUAGUCGGUAAAAGAACAUUGAACGGGUUCCACCGGUAGCCGGUGAAAGUGGUCUAAAUUUCCCGGCAACGUGCACAACCGCCGCUAUUAAUCGCAUGUUUCGUCCUAAUUUUUCCUUUGAUGAUGAUUAUUUGCUUUUCUCUCUUUUUUAAAUAUAAAAACCGAUCCUCUUCCUCUUCCAUUGCAACAAAUAAAAAGAAAAAAAAGGAAGCAACUUUUUUCUCUCAAAAACCUCUCCUUUUUUUUCUAAGAAGCUGCGUCAUCUGUACGAAUCCAUUCCUCCUCCGACGAUCAGUCUCCUCCUUCCUCCAUCGCCGCGCGCGCGCUCUGUGGUUGAAGCUUUGUGUAAUCAGCCAUGGGGCACAGACAUUUUCCUGGUUCAUCCCAAUUUUUUGAUGAUGAUGAACAUGAUCAAGGCUGGAAUCAUAUACACCCAGAGCAUCCAUAUACGAGUCUAGGUUAAGAAGUUCCAUGUGGUUCUCCCUCAUGGGUAGAUUCGGCUUCACUAGAAAGAUCUGGGACCAGUGAGAACAACAGACCGCAUGCUUAUCUAGCAGAAAACUUGUUGAGUGAAGGAGUGCCAGUUUCUUCACAUUGGAACUCUUCUAUAGGACCAAGUGCCUACACUGCUCCAGUUCAUGGUGUGGAGAGGCCACACUACAAUCCAGGCACUUCGGGCCCAUCCCAUGUUCCUUUCAUGAGCUCAGCAGUUGCGACUUUCUCUGCUCCGCAUGAAACUUAUGUGACAUCUGCAUCUUCUUCGAACUGCAACAGCCAUACAUGGUCAAAUGAUAGCUAUUCUGAUCUACCUAUGGAAAAUAUGAGAGGAUCACUGAAGCGGAAAGCCCCAUAUGAUUCUUCCAUCUAUGAAAUGGGUAGCUCAAGCCAGUACCACGGUGACAUAGCUUCCUCAGACAUGCAUUUCCCCUCGGAGUUGCACAUGGGAAAAUCAAUAACUCAUGAUCAUGAUCCUCAUUACAUGCCGUGGCUCAUGGACCCAACUCACAGAAGUAAUAAUCUCUCUAUCCGAGGAGAGAGUUCUUCAAGGAAUGUCCGGAGCCGUCCUACACUUGAUUUAGAGACGGGCCUUGAUUCACAUCCUACACACCACAAUGUUGAGCAUCCUAGUUCAGGUCAGUUUCCUGGUCAGGCAUCUCACAGAGAUAAGGAGUGGAACUAUCCUAGACUCUCUCCAGUUCCUGGAGGUAUAAAUGGCUUUAGUCCAGAGACAAGUAAUUUUCUUCCUGCGAGAAGUGUUGUCAACAACACAUCUGGUGAUACCUCUGGCUAUCACCAGGGGAUAACCGGAAACAGAAACUCUGCAGCUUCACACUGUUUCCCUGGAACUUCAACGCAAUCUGCAAGCAGCUCCCGCUUCUCUCAUAGGUCAACACCUACCUAUAGAGCUUCAUCAAACGGUUUGCGGUUGGGACAUGUAGCAUCUUCUUCUUCAGACAGGUCUCAUUUUGUUAAUGAGACAUACCCUUCUAGGCAUCUAAGGCCACCACCACACAUUUCAUGGCGUAGCAGUGGUCGUCCAGGGAGACGCAGGAGUUCUUAUGAGAGGUUUCAGCCUCCUUUCGAUGAAGCUGCUCUCCAUGAACGGUUUUCAUCUCAGGGAUUUAUGGUUGUAGAUCACCAUCUGCAGCAUGGAUCCAGAAAUAUGCUUGAUCACCACAGAGACAUGAGGCUGGACAUAGAUGACAUGACCUACGAGGAGCUUCUUGCGCUGGGAGAAAGGAUUGGGAGUGUCAACACUGGUCUAUCCAACAACGCAAUCUCCAGUUGCUUGUCAGAGACCGCAUAUUACCCUUUGUAUCAAACGGAUGAGCAAAGAAAAUGUGCAAUCUGCCUGGAGGAGUACGUGGAAGGAGAAGAGUUAGGAGAGCUUAAAGGGUGUGGUCAUGACUACCAUGGUGGGUGCAUCAAGAAAUGGCUGUCUAUGAAGAACUCUUGCCCUAUUUGCAAAGCCCCUGCUAUACCAGAUGCUUCUUCUAAGAACCCAUAAUAAACUGUAUUUAGAUUAUUAGUUUACCUCCUUUACUUUAUGGUUAUAUUUUCUGUGUGCAUGUUUUUUUUUUUAAAGAAAAACAAAAACAUAAGUUGUCAUAGUGACGGUUGUAAAUAGAAGGGAAAUCUUCUUUAUGACAAAGAGGUGAUCCUUGACUUUCCCCUGAGGAUUGGUAAGCUCUUCUCCAGUUCUGUAAGUCACAUC